AUGGAUUGUAGCCUACAAUAUUUGGAUCUUAACAAUAAUGCUUUAGUAGGGAAAAUCCCAAAGUCCCUUGAAAGAUGCCAGUGGUUGCAGUUCUUGAAUGUUGGGAACAAUAACAUCAACGACACUUUCCCAUGCAUGCUAUCGUCCAAGUUGCUAUUGCGUGGUCUUGUUUUGAGUUCCAACAAAUUCCAUGGAGAAGUCACAUGUCACAUGAGCUGGCCACUGCUUCAAAUUGUAGAUAUAUCUUCAAAUAAUUUCAGUGGAUUUCUGGAAUCAAUAAACUUCUCUAGUUGGAGUUCAAUGGUGUCUGGACAAUUCUUGGACGACAGUUAUUACUACUCAUUGUGGAGCUCUGAUGUAACAUUAACCAUUAAAGGCGUAUCGCGUCAGAUGGGUAAGAUUUGGGCAGACUCGGGCACCAUUGAUUUGUCAUGCAAUAAUUUCAGAGGAGGGAUACCAAAUGCAAUUGGUGAUCUUACCUCAAUUCGUCAGCUCAACUUCUCCCACAAUGCCCUCAAUGGAAGCAUCCCAAACUCAUUUGGUCAAUUGAUGAACCUCGAAUCUCUCGAUCUCUCUGGAAACCGACUGACGGAGUUGAUCCCGGUGGAGCUUGCAGGGCUCUCAUUCCUUUCAGUCUUGAAUCUGUCCUACAAUAAGCUAGUUGGAGAGAUCCCAAAUGGGCGUCAGUUUCAAACAUUUUCAGCUGAUUCAUUCAAAGGAAAUCCGGGGUUGUGUGGUUUCAAUCUCGACAUAAGCUGCAGUCGUAUUGAUGGCAGUGAUCAUUUGUCGCCACAAGAAGAUGAGAAUGGGGAAGAGAAGAGUACUGAGAUCGAGUGGGAGUAUGUAUCUGCUGUACUUGGAUAUGUAGUGGGCUUAGGAAUCAUUGCGUGGCUACUUUUGUUGAGCCGAAGCUUCAGAGAGAAAUACUUUGGAAAAGUGGAAGAGGUGUUUGAAGAUAUAUGCGAUGCCAGAAUCAGAAGAAAGAGAAGAAGAAGACAUGCAAGAAGAGUAGUGAGGAAUCAACUGAGAAGACAAUAG